AUGUCUCUUAAGGUCGUCGUCCUCGCCUGCGUGGCUGUCGUCGCUGUGUGCGACAAGGCCCCAGUCCACGCCCCUCAUCCCCCCGUUUACGCCCCUAGACCUUCCUACAAGGCCCCUGCUCCUUACCACGCCCCCAAACCCGCCUACCACGCCCCCGAGUGCCCCCGAACACACUACGAGCCCGAAUACCCUGAUGUCCCACCCAAGUACAACUACAACUACGGUGUCGCCGACGGUUACUCCGGCGCCAACUUCGGCCACACUGAGUCCCGCGACGAGAUCGUGAGAUACCAUGACACUGACGAAUACGAAGGUGACAGUGACACUGAUGACAGUGACUCAAGGUCGUCCGAAAAGGAAAGGUCUAGGUAA